AUACUGCUAGUCUGCUACUGCACAUUCUGAUAAAACUCCCAGUUUUCUUACGCACGCACAGAGAGUACUCUUCCCUUUUUAUCUUCCCCAUCCCUCUGUCUCUCCAGUACCCCUUUUACAUACUUCUCCUGAGAAAGAGGGAGUGAUCAUUAUAAGCCAUGGAAAUUGACCACUUAAACUCCACAACACCAGAAGACCAGAUGGAGAUGAUGUUGAUGAACAUCGACAACAAGCUCCUUGAUUUCUACGGGCCGAAUUACGACGACAUCGUUUCAUCUGAUCCAUCUCAUGCUGAUUUCACUACUAAUGUCACCAACACAAGUGCAAUGCCUCCACAUAAUAGUGCCCUAAACCCACCCUCCUUUAUGAGUCUACCAAAUAGUACAAUCUCAUUCUCUAGUGGUGGUGGUGACAACCCACCAAAUAUUAAUCAAAACCCAAGAUGGAGAGGUAGUGAUGGUAGAGAAUAUUUAUCUGAUCAAUCGCAUAAGAAGAAUUCGAUGGCCGCGAUGAGGGAGAUGAUAUUCCGGAUAGCAGCAAUGCAGCCGAUUCACAUAGACCCUGAAUCAGUGAAGCCGCCCAAGCGGAGGAAUGUGAAGAUAUCCAAGGAUCCGCAGAGCGUGGCGGCUCGUCACAGGAGGGAAAGGAUAAGUGAAAGGAUAAGGAUACUUCAGAGAUUAGUCCCUGGAGGGACUAAGAUGGACACUGCUUCUAUGUUGGAUGAAGCUAUUCAUUAUGUCAAGUUCUUGAAGAAUCAAGUUCAGUCCCUUGAGAGAGCAUCUGUUAACAAUACUAACAGGCCAAUAACUACUACUACUCCUGCAGGGAUAGGGUUUCCUGUGGCAAUGUCUAAUGGAAGCUAUGUGAAUCAUCAUCAUCAGCCUCCUCCUCCGGAUCAUCGUAAUCAUCAAGGUCUUCAACAUUAUGGAGCUGCUUAGUUUAUUCGAAAAUGAUAAAAAUCAUAGCAGUUGGUAUCUCAAUCGUUAUCCCAGCAGUUGAGUUGAACGCACAAGAUCCAAGUCAAUUCCUGAGUUCCACAUAUCUCACGUAAUACACAUAAAAUAUUGUGCGUACAAUUCAACAGCUGUGUUAACUGUGAUAUCAGUUGUUGGGAUCCGUAUCAUUACUGUAGUUGAUUAACUCAUUGUUAAUUGGGAUUGCAUUUAGCAUAAUGUGAACAUUGUGUUGCAAUUAAUUACAUGAUGAUGAUUAACGAUCCAUGAAUAGA